AUGACGAAAGCUGAUGAUUUGCAAGAAGCUGAGCACAAUGUCACAUCGAUCAACUACUUCGUUUUUAACAUGGCUGUUUCUGACCUCCUCAACCCUUUGACCAUCAUUACCGUAAAGAUCGUUGAGAUCAUUUCAAGAUCGAGUUCCUGGAAAGUUGACAGUCCAUGGGUGCUGGGAAAUAUCCUAUGCAAACUUGCCUACUUUCUCCCAGAUGUUUCUCUUGUGGUUUCCAUCGGAAGCCUUCUAUUAAUAUCAAUAGAUAGGCUCUUCGCUGUCGUAUUUCCACUGAAGGCCAAACUUAUCACCUCAAAAGUACGACUGAUCAGCAUUCUUGGCACGUGGCUUGUCGCAAUCGUCGUUCAUGCGCCUUAUUUGUACUUUUUCAGGCUAUUCCGUGACGGAAAUGAAACGUAUUGUUAUUUGAACUGGGGACCGACAUUCGACCAUUUGAAAACACACAGGAAAUUUGUGAAGGCAACCUUUAUCACUAUCAUCGUCAUUCCAUUUUGUAUCCUGGCCAUUGCGUAUAGCACCAUCGCAUGGACAAUACGAAGAAAGAACAAGAAGACUAGAGAAAAACUGUCUUGCCGCCAGGAACACCGUGAGCAACAGUUUAGGAAAAUUGUCAUAUUGGCAAUGGCCAUCAUGAGUUCUUUCUUUUUUUGCAUGAUUCCACUCCUUAUCUAUUUAUUUCUUCGAGUUUUUCUGUGGAAGGGGGAGGAAUCGCCACCCAUCUGUGCAUUUCAGACGAUUAUCCCAUUUAUUUCUGUCCUUCUGCUGCACUCUUGGAGUGCAGUAAAUCCCUGCAUUUGUUUUAUCUUUAGUGGGAAGUACCGCAACGGCCUUAAGCAAUGUUUUCAUUGGGGUGGCUUAAGUCGCAAGUCAUCAAGUUUGCAAGACACCUACAAAAUGCAAACAACGACGAGUUACUACCGAAACAGCUCCCUUCAGAUCCGCUCAAAUAACAUACAAAUUAUCUCGUACAGCAGAAAGACUUGAGCACUAUUUAUGAAUUUUACAGUCAAAAUAAGAAAAUAGGCGGGAUAUCAUUAGAUAUGCACUUCAACCUUUGAAUAUCAACCCAGUUGUCUGACACUGAUUGUUAUGUUUAAAAUGAUAUUCUUUUGAUUUCAUGGGGAACACUGUGAAGUGUUUAGUUAAGAUCUAAGUGCCACGCUCUUAACCGCAUGAACCAAAAGGACUUAAUGCUCAUAUCAAGAUGUAUUUGUUCUCUUCGUCCAUUGGUUUCUUAUUGCAAGAUCAUGAAAUUGGAUCGUGCAGAUCUCAGCGGCCGGGCUUCAAUUAAGUCACUAAUCCUACAGGCAUUUGAGGCCAUAUUUGGUAGGGAUGAUCUGAGAAUUUAUUUGCAUGUUUA